AUGUCUGCUAUAUACAAAAGAAUUAUUGAAACCUGUGACAAAUUUGUGCCUAAUUCUAUGAGACCGUUGUGGGAACAUCCUGCUGGGCCAAAAACAAUAUUCUUCUGGGCUCCCAUUUGUAAGUGGGGCUUGGUGGCAGCUGGAAUAGGAGAUUUAAAUCGACCAGCAGAAUCGCUGUCACUUAGGCAACAUACCUCACUGGCCGUGACCAGCCUAAUCUGGAGUCGGUGGUCCCUCGUCAUCAUACCAAAGAACUACAGUCUAUUCGCUGUCAAUUCCUUCGUAGCCGGCACCAACAUCUACCAGCUAUGCCGGAUCUAUAAUUACGAACACAACAAGUCUAAAGAUGCGAAGAAAUAG